CGGCGGUUUUCUUUCCCUGGCCAGCCUACUCAUCCCCUUCCGGUGGUAGAUGUUCGGAGCGGCGAUUCGCCAUGGAUUGCCUCGAGUUCUUCUUCGAGGAAGCAAAAUCAGGAUUGGUUCCUAGGGUGGGCUGCGGAAUCGAUGUUGUGGAGUCUAUGGUUACUUCCAUCAAUGAAGCUCGCGGGGCGGUCCUCUGAUCUAAUCUCUUCUGAACCCGUGGAUGGCGGGAGCGUCAAGGAGCAGUUCGGAUGGGUGGACGGGAGUGGUGCCUCUCAUCAACUCAAAGGGCCCCUGCUGGACUCGACGUGUUAGGAUUGGCAAGGCGUCAGAAGAGAGGGAUACCAAACCAAGCAGAGUCCCUGCCCUUGAGGCUUCAAUGCAAGCUUAUGCAGACACCAAGGUCGGCACUGUUGUUAAUCCGGCGCUCGGAACUAGCUUUGACACAGUUGAAGGAGCAUAUGAGUUUUACAACUUAUACUCCUGGGAGACUGGCUUCGGCGUCAGGUAUGACAAAAGCAGGCUGAACAUCCAUCGGAUAAAAUGCAUGCAGGAGUUUGUGUGCGCAUGCGCGGGUAAACCAUUGCAAUCAAACAGCCGCUCGACAAGGUGUGGAUCUGGCGCGUUGAUGCGAGUGCUUAGAUCUGAUGAUAAGGGGUGGUACAUAUGUGAACACAAAACAGAGCAUAACCAUGCACUCUUAGUUAACUGUAUGGAAAAGCUGCACUAGAAAUCGCACCGGCACAUAGAUAGAUAUACCAGAGACUUAGUGAAACAACCAAGAGAAAACAAUAUAAGCCUGAGCAAGGUUUACAGUGUGGUGGGCAGUUUUUUUGGAUCUGUGAAGGAGGUGCCAUUCACAAAGAGAUCUCUCAAGACUCUUUGUGGGAAACUUAACAGAGAGCAAUCAGAAAAUGAUGCCACAAAAAAAUAGAGGUGUUCAACGCAAUGCAGGGCUGAAGAUUCUGAGUUUAAAUACAAUGUGCAGGUUGAUAUUGAUGGUCGAGUCAAAGACUUUGAUGUGGAUAACAGGGAGAAGCAUAGAGCAGUUUAAGUGUUUUGGCGAUGCUGUCACGUUUGAUACAACAUGCAAAACUAAUCUAUAUGACAUGCCAUUCGGUCUUUUUGUCGGUGUCAACAAUCACUUCCAAAGCAUUAUUUUUGGUGGUGUGCUGAUGAACGAUGAGAAAAUCGACACUUUCAACUGGAUAUUUACAGAGUUCUUCCAGAUGGUAGGAGCUCCACGGCCACGGACAAUCCUCACAUGUAUUUAAAAAAUGUUCCCUUCUAGUUGUGACUAUUGAUCUUUUAUUAAAGCAUGUUGUGAAUAUUUUUUCCCCUG